AUGGCGCGACGUUACCAGAUUGAUGAGCUGCUAUGGCUACGCUCGUCGCCCCUGGUCGUUAAGCCUGCAAACUUACCUCCGGUAGAAGAAUGGAUGGGCCCGAUACCCGACCCAACGACACAGAGAAAAACCACCGGCCCUCGCGACCCCAAUAAUCCAAAUGAGACGACACCUCGACGGCCGAGCAUCUUUGAGACUCGUCAUGUCUCCCGCAAUUCGAAUUCAGAGGAUAUUAUUCUUGGGCCACCAAAAACUGCGUUCGCGUCCGCAUCUCGCAUACCGGGCAAGGGCUCGAUAGAUGCUACUGAACGGCCAUCCAGGCAACCUGAUUCGGACGACAUCAAGAAUGACCGCUUAAAUUUCCGCGGCAAGUUCUUCAAGGAUAGGGAAGCUGGUGAUAGUAAUUUUGACCGACGUGACGGAAAGUCGGACCCUUUCACUCCUCGUCGUGGGGACAGAGAUGACUGGAACGCCGGUCGUCCCCGUCGCACCUUCGGCCAGGAUGAACAAGACAGAAAACCAAGACGUAACGGGGACUUUGACCGGUGGGAAUCCCGUGAUUUCAAUCGUGAACGCGACCAGCAGACUCCGAACCAUGAACGGGGAGGGAAAGAUAAGGAUAGUCGAUUCUUUCCUCGGAGGGACGGCCAGCCGGGGCGUGCCCGACAUGAAGGAAGCUGGUUCCGCGAUGACGGCAAUCAGGACGGCCCCGAUGCCGAGGAAGAAAAGACCCCGAUACGGAGCCGAGAUUGGCGUCGAGACCGGCACGGUGCUGACCGGGAUUGGACUCGAGGAGCCAAAUUUGAACAGGAUCCUGAGUGGUUGGAUUCUAAUGAUAAGGAAGAGCCCCGAAGGGUGCACACUCAGGAAGAUUUCGAACGUUGGAAAGAAAGGAUGAAAGCGGGAUCUUCUCAGGCUCCUGUAGAGGAGAAGAAAGAGACACCCAUGGAAUCGACUCCGGCCCCUGCUCAGAAGCCGGAGCCUAGACCAACAGACGGCGAAAUUUUCAGCAGCAGCGGCACACCGUUCCAAUCAGAUACAGCAAUGGAACGCUUUUUCGGACUUCUGGGUGACUCCAAAUCUCCUCAGGAAAUCGCUACCUCGUCACCUUUAGAGGCCCCCUUAGUCAGUCAGGCUACCCCCAAGAAGGAAAAUAUUCCGGGGAAGCCUUUCAAAUCUUCUCGUUUUGCUGGGUUGUUUAGCCCACCCCCCGGCAGUCCGGCAAAAGAGACCGAUUCGCAGCUGGGGAAUAAGUCUCCUACUGUCCAGCCGUCUACUACUGAUGCUGACCAGGAAGGGUUUCAGCGUAUUCUACAGAUGCUGGGAGGGAGCAAGUCGCGCAAUGCUACUCCUCACAACGACGCCGUGCAAGCCAAUAGGCCUCCAUCUCUUCCCCAAGCAGAAUCUGUCCAAAGCGCUAUCUCAUCCCCCUCCCGCGAGCAAGUCAAGCGGCCAGAACCCAUGCUCAUGCAGGAGAGUUCUAUGCGGAGUGCUGGUCCUGCUAUGGAUCCCCAAGCCCGAGAACGGGAACAUUUACUUCGCCUAAUGCAGCAAGUCCGUGUCACUCCCGUUACAAAUCAGGCUCAAGGUAGCCAUGGUCAACCACAAAGUGCCGGCGCCGCUCCUGGUAUGAUGAACAUGCCAGAUAUGCUCCCACCUCCUCCAGGGCUUGCUUCUGCACCAAAGGCUCCUAACUUCAUUGAUGAUCCGGCGAUUGCUAAUAUGCAGAGAGCGGAGCCUGAUCAGCUUCGGCGACGACCCGCGAAUGGGCCUCCGAUGGGUUACUUUGAGGAUAUGCCGUUCCCUCAAGGCGGCCAAGUUCCGAUCACCCCCGGUGGAAGUCGGGCUCCUCAAGGUCAAGGUAUACCUGGCAUGGGCGUGCAGAGGCCGCCAGGCUUCGACCACUUGCCGCCUCCCGGAUGGGCUGGCCACCAGCUUCCUCCACAGCAGGGCGGUGGCCCCGGUCCUCUCGCGCCUCCACCGGGUAUUCCUACACCAACACGGGGCGUCAACCCUAAUUUUAUGUCUAAUAUGAUGCCAAUGCAUGGUAAUGUUCCACCGCUCGGUGAGCGCCAACCCUUCCCACGUGGUGCGGGUGGCAAUGGAUCAGCGGGAUUCCCGCCUCCCCCGGGUAUGAUGCCUCCUCCGGGUUACAUGAACGGCCCUCCCCCGUCUGGCUUCCCGCCCAUGCCACCCAAUGCCGAAGCUCUGAUGGGUCUUGGCCAUGGUGGUCAGGGUCCAUUCGACGGUAACCCCGGUCCACAGGGGCCUCCGCACUCCUCUCGGCACUUAUUGGAUAUGUUUGGACAAGUCGGCGCUGGAGAUGCUCGGGGCGGUAUGGUAUAUUCUACCCAGCUUGGCGAUAUGAUGGACGAGGUCGACUUCGAGCUUUGCUUGGACAUCGACCAAUAUCCGCUUCACUACGCAUGGCAAUGCAAGAGACUCAAGGUUGCAAACCAGGAAAAGUCAGACCUCGAGGAUGACCAUGAUCUCGACAUCGCGAUCAAACGCAUCACCACUCAUCACGAUCAUGAAAUACUCUUAGACGCCGACGAAACAGACCUAGAAACUCACAGCUCAACCAAUACCUCGACCGCAGCUAUCAACGAAGAAAAAAUGGGCCUGGACACCGACAUGGACGGUGAAGUCCACGCCAACUCAAGCAGCUACAGCAUAGCCACCAGCCCGUCUCACUCCUACAUCGCUCGUCCCUCGCAUCUAUUCCAUAUCUACGAGGACCCGGAUGACUCGCAUCUGGAGAACCACCCCGGUCUCAUGUCUGGCUUUACUACCUACUCCUCUGCCGAUGAAGAAAAGGAGAACAUCCUCGACGACGAUGACUACGAGCAGCAGGAGCAGACCCAGCGAAUGGGGGUAAAUUCGCAGAUGUGGACUCGUCACUCUACUAAUCGGUUCUCGCAUGUGGUCAGUUCCGGAUAUCAGGGGGUUGAUGGGGUGGCGGAUACGGACGAGGCGGAUACUGAUGUUGAAGAGUUUUUGACUGAGGGUGGAGAGGGUAUUAGGGAGGUUGAGAUGGAGGAUGUCAGGGUGUCGUUUCAUUCAUUGGGUGCUGGGGAGGCUUCGUUGCUUCCUCUUGCUUUUCCUUUGCCUUUGAGGAUCCCUUCCCCAGCGUUGGUCCAGGGUAAUAGGAUUGCGGGUCGGCGCCGCUGCUUGGGACCUAGGCCUGUUGUGCACUUUGAGUGA